GUCGUACGAUCCUACUAUUCCGAUUUUCAUCUCCAGAAAGACCCCUUUUCCAGAAAAACACAGAACUUAACUGAGUAAAGAUAAACGCCAAUUGUUCUGGCCGAAUACAGUCAUUACGCCAUAUAGUUGGAUUGAUAAACAAUUAAAUAGAUUUUAACUUCAGCACGCUAAGAAAUUUUCAAUGUCGGCAAACAAGAAAAAAAAGAUUUGCCUUAUCAAUUCAUUGUCUGUUGUGAUCAUGUUGUCAAAGCCUCCAACUUCUUCCUUGUACACAAUUCUCAAGUGUGAAUGUGGUCGCUUCUUUCUUGAAAAGGAGGCGCAACAGUGCACUUGUGACCACUAAAUCAGAUAUAUAUAUUGGUUGCUUUAAUGGAAGGGCUCCAUCUCCACUCUCAUGGUGUUAUGUCAUAAAUGGACGACAGAAAAGAAUUGAUGUUGUCAAGAUUGUGGAGAACAGCAUUCAUAAUUGCAUCCAUGUAUGUGGAUGCACAAAAUGCACAGCUGGUGCCUGCCUUGUUCAUCUUUGGGGACUCUCUGGUAGAUGUGGGCAACAACAACCACAUACUCCUAUCCCUCGUUAAAGCAAAUUUCCCUCACAAUGGUGUGGAUUAUCCUGCAGGGAAAGCAACUGGCAGAUUCAGCAACGGUCUAAACUCUGCAGAUUUCGUAGGACAGAAGCUUGGUUUUGGUGGGAGCCCGCUUCCAUACCUUUCCCUUCAAGGUCAAGCAAACUUCAGCAGCAGUAUUUUGAAUGGAGUCAAUUUUGCUUCUGGAGGAGCCGGAAUUCUUGAUGAAAAUAGUGGGGGAAGUCUUUCGAUGAACAAGCAAGUAGAAUACUAUGCAACAGUAUAUGGAAAUCUCGCAGCCCAACUAGGCAGUGCGGAAGCUGAAAAACUGGUGGCAAAGUCUCUGUUUGUGGUGGUAGUUGGAAGUGAUGACCUGUUUAGCUAUUUUAAAUCAAAUUCUAAACUGCAAGCCAAGUAUACACCUCAGCAGUACGUAGAUCUUCUCAUUUCCACCUUGAAGGCUCAAUUGGAGAGGAUAUAUAAUCUGGGAGCGCGAAGGAUUGUUAGUGUGGGAGUUGGAACAGUUGGUUGUUGCCCAUCCCAACGCAGUCAGAAGAAUAAAACGGGGGAUUGUGUUGAGGAGGUGAACAAUCUGGCUCGAGACUUCAAUGAUGCCUUAAAAUCCCUCCUCUCUUCACAACUAACACCAAAUCUGCAAGGCUUCACCUAUGCAUUUUGUAACACAUAUGGAGUGACAUCAAGCUACUUUCAGAAUCCCUCAGUAUACGGUUUCAAAGAUGUGGUUAACGCGUGCUGUGGGGCAGGAAAGCUGAAUGCUCGUGUCCCUUGUUUACCAGUAGUAAAAUACUGUUCAAACAGGGGAGAAUACUUGUUCUGGGAUCUCUACCAUCCCACCCAAAUCGUGUCUCAGAUGCUCGUUGACGCUUUCUAUGAAGGAUCUGUCGAUCAAGUCUCCCCCAUCAAUGUUAAGCAGCUCAUAUCCACCUGAAUUUAACUGCCAUGUGAUCUACAGUAUGUUUAGUCUCUGUAUAACUGUACAGAGCACUUUUUUCUUUUUGACUCAAAAGCUCUUAUAUUUGACUGGAUGUUAUCCAUCCUGCUUUCAUGUAUUGAUAUUAGAAUUUGCUUUUCUGCAUACUGACAAAGCAUUGGAUGUGUGUUGCACGUUGCAUUACAAGAUAUAAGAUCAUGAGUCGAGCCUUAGAAUGUA